GGCGGCUGGGGGCGGCCGUGCACAGCAUGGGCGGCCCGCGGGCCUGGGCGCUGCUCUGCCUCGGACUGCUGCUCCCAGGAGGCGGCGCCGCGUGGUCAGUCGGAGGCACCCCGUUUUCUGGACGCAGGAACUGGUGCUCAUAUGUGGUAACCCGUACCGUCUCAUGCCAUGUGCAAAAUGGAACAUACCUUCAGCGCGUACUGCAGAACUGCCCCUGGCCCAUGAGCUGCCCAGGCAGCAGCUACAGAACCGUGGUGCGACCCACAUACAAGGUGAUGUACAAGACAGUGACCACCCGUGAGUGGAGAUGCUGCCCUGGGCACUCGGGAGUGAGCUGCGAGGAAGUUGCAGCCUCCUCUGGCCUCGUGGAGCCCGUGUGGUCGGCCAACACCAUGCGGCGGAUGGCACUCCGGCCCACAGCUUUCUCAGGUUGUCUCAACUGCAGCAAAGUGACAGAGCUGGCUGAGCGGCUAAAAGCACUAGAGGCCAAGGUGGCUGUACUGACUGUUACCGAGCAGGCAAUGCCCCCAACCCUACCUACCCCUGAAGACCCUGCCCCACUCUGGGGCUUCCCGGCUGCCCAUGGCAGCCCUGGAGAUAGAGGCCUCCAGGGGCUACCAGGAGUCAGAGAGACUGCAAGGGCCCCACUGCUCCCUCGAGAUGACCGAGUGGGUAUGCGGGGGCUGCCUGGCCCCACCGGCCCCAAGGGAGAUGCAGGCAGCCAGGGCCCAGCAGGAAUGAGAGGCCCGCCUGGUCCACAGGGUCCACCAGGAAGCCCUGGCCAGACUGGAGCCACAGGCAUUCCAGGAGAGAGGGGACCUCCAGGUCCACCAGGGCCUCCGGGCCCUCCAGGACCCCCAGCCCCUAUUGGGCCACCUUAUGCCCAGAUCUCCCAACAUGGGGACUCGUUACUGUCUAACACCUUCACUGAGGCCAGCAGCCACUGGCCUCUGGGACCCACUGGGUCCCCAGGUCCCCCUGGCCCUCCAGGACCCAUGGGUCCCCCUGGACCUCCUGGCCCCACAGGGGUACCUGGGAGUCCGGGACACAUGGGACCCCCAGGCCCUACUGGACCCAAAGGAAUCCCAGGCCACCCAGGACAAAAGGGCGAAAGAGGAGCACGUGGGGAGCCUGGCCCCCAAGGCCUCACAGGGCAGCAGGGAGAACCUGGCCCCAAAGGAGACCCUGGUGAGAAGAGCCACUGGGGGGAGGGGUUGCACCAACUACGCGAGGCUUUGAAGAUUUUAGCUGAGAGGGUUUUAAUCUUGGAAACAAUGAUUGGGCUCUAUGGUGUGGACCUGAGAAACCAAGACCACUCAUCUUUCUGUGACCAAUCAUCUCCUGCACAGGUGAAGGGGCCCUAGAAACACAGGCCCACACUGGGGGUCAGACCUGGGCCUCUGGGCAUUGUAAAUAACAUGGGUUCCAGGCCUGCAUGGAACCAGAAAUGACAGAGUUCAACUUUGGAAGAAACUAUGCACAAUGGAAGCCAAACUUCCGAAGAGCAAGGGAUUGUAGAUAACAGAGCCAGACUUUAGCAGUGCAGGGGAUCAUGGGAUAAUAGAGUCAGAGCCCAAGGCCACAGGAGGAACGUGAAUAAUGGAUCUAGAUUUAUGGUCUUCAGCUCUAGAGAAAUCAAGGGUGACCGGAUCAGGUGACAGAGCCUGAUCAGGUAAACCCACAGGAGAAUCAGUCACAGAGACUCCAGAAGUGUAGGGGACUAUGUAUGACAGAACCAGGCUCAGACUACAUGGGACUCUGGGUAAUUAAUCACCUUCCAGGUCUGAUCCUCUCCCCCCAUAGUCCCUCCUGACCCCAGUAUCCCUCUUGCACCUUCUACUUUGGCCUUCCUAAUCUGCCCUGCAGUUCCCUUUAAAUCCGGAGAGCCAAACACUCACUCUAGCAUUUAUCUAGUGAUUAAUUUCCCAUCUACCUGGUUCCUUGAAGAACCAGGCAAGCCCUGUCCCCACCUUAGGAGGGAAGACAGAGGUCUCAUGGAAACUCAUCAGGCUCCUGCCCUAAAACCACCUGGCAUCUACUCCCCCAACCCCUUCGGCUCCCCAGUCCAGCCCUUGGAGGCCAGACUCGCACCGUCUGCUCU